AUGACACAGCCAAAAACCCCACAUCAGCCGCCGUGCCCGGCCUUCGACUACACGAAAUACCUGGUGGACGAGUACGACAUCCCCUACGAAAGCCACGUCGCGAAGCAACCCGAAGCAGAGUUCCGCUACAAAUACGUUGCCAGCGGGGCAUUCGUGAUCGAGUCUCACCCGACAACACCUAAGGCACCGAAGAGCGGCUGCAGUCCCGACAACAGCGGACCAGGAAUGAUGCCAAAGUCGCCAACAAGCGAGAAUAAACUCCUGCUCAUCCAACGCUCCGUGCACGAUUCGAUGCCGGGCAAAUGGGAAAUCCCCGGCGGCGGAUGCGACCCGGAGGACCCCAGCAUGUUGUACAGCGUGGCGCGCGAGCUGUGGGAGGAGGCCGGCCUGAAAGCCACGCGGAUCGGGCCCCUGGUUGGUGGGACGGACCACAUCUUCUUGACGCGCACGGGGAACCUGGUGUGUAAAUUUAGUUUUCUGGUGGAUGUUGAGAAGACGAGAGGGGAUGAUGGGGGCGAGAACUCGGUGAGUGUUAAGUUGGAUCCGAAUGAGCAUCAGGCGUUCGUGUGGGCUACCGAGCAGGAGGUUCGGGCUGGGUGGGUGGGUGAUGUGGAGUUGCAGUUUACGAACAGGCAGACUUUGGAGGGCGCCUUGGAGGCGUUUCGGACGAAGAGGGAGAUGGAGGAGCGAGGGUCGACGGUGGUAUGA